UCCCUGCUUCAAUGAACAGAGAUGCACUCCCAGACCACAAUCAUUUUGCUUUUCUAACCAGUUUUAUUUUAUUUUGCCUCCCAAAAAUUUAUUUGCGGUCUCAAUUUCCGACUCCGACGGCGAAAGUGAACUAACCUUGAUGGCUGCCGACGAUGACGUGUUCGUCGAGACCCGCAUCCCGGAACAGAAGGCCGUCGGCGUCGGCGUCUUCCCGGCGGUCGUCUCCCCCAGUCCCACCGCCGAUCUCGACCAGACCUCCUUCGCUGCGGCCGUUUCGUCCCAGAAACCCCGCCUCGAAGCGCUCCUCCGUUCCAGCGGCGCCCUCCUCCUCCGGGGCUUCCCUCUCCGGUCGGCCGCCGACUUCGACCGCACCGUCGCAGCCUUCCGCUACGACGAGCUCCCCUACGUCGGAGGCGCCGCCCCCCGCACCAACGUCGUUGGCCGUGUCUUCACCGCCAACGAGUCUCCGCCCGACCAGAAGAUCCCCUUUCAUCACGAGAUGGCUCAGGUACCGGAGUUCCCGUCGAAAUUGUUCUUCUUCUGCGAGGUGGAGCCUGGAAGCGGCGGGGAGACGCCGAUUGUGCUGAGCCACCUCGUGUACGAGAAAAUGAGGGCGAGAUUUCCCGAGUUCGUGGAUCGGUUGGAGGAACAAGGAUUGAUCUACACGAGGGUUUUGGGGGAAGGAGACGAUCCGUCGUCGCCCAUCGGCCGAGGAUGGCAGUCCACGUUCUUGACCAAAGAUAGAAGCGUAGCAGAGGAAAGGGCAGCUAAACUAGGGGUGAAACUGGAAUGGUUGGAAGAUGGAGUUAAAACAAUAACAGGUCCAAUACCGGCAAUCAGACUUGACCAUACUCGGGGCAGAAAGAUAUGGUUUAACAGCAUGGUUGCUGCCUACACUGGAUGGGAAGACGCACGGAAUGAUCCUGUCAAGGCAGUAACAUUUGGAGAUGGAACACCUUUGCCUGCUGAUAUUAUUUAUGAGUGCUUAAACAUCCUUGAAGAAGAAUCUGUAGCCAUAGGCUGGAAGAAAGGUGACAUCCUCUUAGUCGAUAACCUUGCUACCUUGCAUGCUCGUCGGCCCUUUGAUCCUCCUCGGCGCAUUCUUGCAUCACUUUGUAAGUAAGGAUUUGCUCAGUUACUUGCUUCCUGCACUUAUUAAUGUUGCCUAAUUCAGUUGUCACUCUGAGCAAGCAUUGUUUCUAGACACAAAAGGAACAAAUUGCAGCUUUCCCUAUGCCUCUUAAUCCAGAGUGGCUCAUACCUGGUAUUAUUAUGUAUUCUAAUGUAAUCACAAACACUGUAUUAUGAAGAACCGAACCAAAAUUUUCAUACUCA